CUGGAGUAAUAGGAUGCAUAGAUGGGUCUCAUUUUCAUAUAUUCACUCCAAAAAGAGACAUUGAGCAUUUAUUUUAUUGCAGAAAGCAUUUCUACUCACUGAAUGUGCAAAUGAUAUGUGACAGUGAAUGCCGAAUUAUUAAUGUUAAUGCAAAAUAUGGAGGUGCUACCCACGACGCAUUUAUUUGGGAAAAUAGUCAAGCCAAUAGAUAUAUCCAGGACAUAAAUAAAAAUAAUGAACAAGUUUGGUUUUUAGGUGAUUCUGGAUAUCCACAGAGGCCUUGGAUGAUGACACCAAUCCCAGAUGCUCCUGAAGGUACGCCAGAGGCAAAAUAUAAUACCAUCCAUGGGAAAGCCAGAGUUGUAAUAGAAAAUACAUUUGGUACACUUAAAAAUAGGUGGAGAUGCCUUUGUAAGGACCGGACAUUACACUACACCCCCGAAAGAUGUGCAACUAUAAUUAUGGCAUGUAGCGUUCUACACAACUUAGCGAUAGAUUUUAUGGUGCCCGAUCCUGAAGAAGAUGUCAUAGAUUCUUUAGAAUUAGGAAUAUCAGCAGUUUCUUCAGAAGAACCUCUUCGCGAUCAUGGUUCUAGAGAUGAUUUGAUUCGCGGUAGAACACUAAGACAAAUAUUAGUGGAUAGAAAGAAUCAAUAG